AGCUGCUCGUAAACUCCAUGACUGUGAUAAGAGAUUACUGAUAAGAGCUUACAAGAGUGUCAUACUAGUACAGUUUUAAUUUUGUAAAAGAAUAGUCAUGGAUUGGGGGAAAUGGAUAAUACUGCUGGUGGCAACUAUAUUUGAGACAAGUUUAGGUUGUCCAACUGGAUUUUUGACACACGGUACAUCCUGCUACCAUUUCAGUCAUGAUACAGAAACCUGGAUCGGGGCACUGCAAAUGUGCCGGGAACUGGACAGUAAGUUGGUAGAGAUCAACGACGCAAGCGAAAACGAUUUUAUAAAGGCAAAGACAAAACUAACGAAUAAGAAUUACUGGAUAGCUCUGUCUGAUGUCCGUGAAGAAGGGUCAUGGGUAUGGAUGGACAGUCAUGCAGCUUUGAAGUCAACAGACUUUUCUGACUGGAGUCACGGACAGCCUGAUAAUCUUCACAACAACGAAAACUGUGCUGCAAUGUUCCGACUAACUCAUCAUGGACAGUGGCAAUGGAGCGACGUUCCUUGUAGUUCAAAUAUGCAUUUUAUUUGUGAAUUAACAGCACGGGAAGCGGAGGUAAUUGGCUGACGUUUUGAGAAAUUACUGGAGAAAAAUGUUGACGUAAAUUCUUUAGUAGUAAAAUUGGUUGCAAUUUC